GAUUUCUUCACAGUGAUUUUGUAUCCUGCACUUUUACUGAAUUCACUUGUCAGAUGUAGUAAUUUUUUGGUAGAGUCUUUCAGGUUUUCUGUGUGUCAGUUAAUUGCUAUAUUUAGCUGUUAUUUAGUUAAUUGCUAUAUUUAGUGUAUUCUGUGCUGGGACAUCCAGGUUACAAAAGUGUCUACUUGAAAAGGUGGGCCUCAAAAAGUCUAAUUUUCUUUCUGUGGAAUCCUAUCUUUGAGAAGAGAGUAAUUGCCCUAUAAUUAAAUAAUUACUCCCUAUUUCAUCAGCUAAGACUAAAUAUGUAUUCUACAUUUUACUAAAGAAUCAUAUAUUUUAUUAUUUCACAAGCUUCUCUGUACAAGUUUUAAAUAGAACAUUUAUUGUGCAGAGAGGGUGAAUGUUUUAUAGGGGAAAACUAUUUCUAGUUCUCUACUUACUUUCCUAUUGUCCCUAUUAACUGUGUCUCUUUCUCUCUCUCUCUCUCUCUCUCUCUCUCUCUCUCUCUCUCUCUCUCUCGCUUUCCAGUGUCUCUUAAGGGAAAAUGAUUUGCCAUUCCAUUUGAUCAAUUAUAAGAUAUUGGUUGUCAUCAUACUAUACAUAGAAAACUUAAACUCUAAAGGCUCCACUAAAAAACUCCUAGAAGAAAUAAAUUGAUUCAGUAAAGUUGCAGAAUAUAAAGUUAAUAGCCAGACAUUGGUAGUGUUUCUAUACACUAAUAACAAAAGUAGCAGAAAGAGAAAUUAAGAAAACAAUUCCAUUUAUAAUUGUACCAAAAAUAAUAAGAUACCUAGGACUAAAUUUAACCAAGGAGGCGAAAGAACCCUACUCUGAAAACUAUAAAACAUUGAUGACAGAAUUUGAAGAAGACACAAACAGAAGGAUAUUCCAUGUUUGUGGAUUGGAAGGGUUCAUAAUUGUACAGUAUCCAGACUACUACCCAAAUUGAUCUAUAGAUUUGAUGUAAUCCCUAUCAAAAUACCAACAGCAUAUUUCACAGAACUAGAAAAAAAUAAUCCUAAAAUUUAUGUAGAACCACAAAAGACCCAGAAUAGCCAAAGCAGUCUUGAGAAAGAAAAACAAAAUUGGUGGUAUCACAAUUCGAGAUUUGAAGAUAUACUACAAAGCUGUAGUAAUCAAAGCAGUCUGGUACUGACACAAACAUAGACACAUAGAUCAAUGGAACAGAAUAGAUCCCAGAAAUAAACCCAUGCUUAUAUGGUCAAUUACUCUGUGUCAAGGGAGGCAAGAAUAUACAGUGGGAAAAACAGUUUCUUCAACAAAUGGUGUUGGGAAAACUGGACAGCUCCCUGCAAAGGAAUGAAACAUUCUUACACCAUACACAAAAAUAAACCAAAAUGGCUUAAGACCUAAAUGUGAGACCUGAAACCACAAAACUCCUGGAAGAGAAAAUAGGCAAUAAUUUCUCUGACAUCAGCCAUAGCAGUAUUUUUAUAUAUAUGUCUCCUGAAACAAGGGAAACAAAAGCAAAAAUAAACUGUUGAGACACAUAAAAAUAAAAAGCUUUUGUAUGGUGAAGAAAACCAUCAAGAAAAGAGGCAAGCUACUAAAUGGAAGAAGAUAGUUGCAAAUGAUAUAUCUGAUAAUGGGUCAAUAUCCAAAAUAUAUAUAAAGAGCUUAUAUAACUAAAUACCAAAAUCACAGUCUGGUUAAAAAAUGAGCAGAAGACCUGAAUAGACAUUUUCCCAGAGAAGACAUCCAGAUGGCCAACAGACACAUGAAAAGAUGCUCAACAUCACUUAUUAUCAGGGAAAUGCAAGUCAAAACGACCAUAAAAUAUCACCUUACACCUGUCAGAAUGGCUAAAAUAAAAAAAGACAAGUUAACAAGUGUUGGUGAGGAUUUGGAGAAAAAGGACUUGUGCACUUGUGCACUUUGGAGAAAAGGACUUGUGCACUGUUGGUAGGAAUGCAAAUUGAUGUAUCCACUGUGGAAAACAGUAGGGAGGUUCCUCGAAAAAUUAAAAAUAAAAAUACUGUAUUCAGUAAUUCCAUUACUGGAUAUUUAUCCAAAGAAAACAGAAACACUAAUUCAAAAACGUAUUUUCACCCCUGUGUCUAUUGCAGCAUUACUUACAACAGCCAAGAAAGAGAAACAACCCAAGUGUCCAUCAAUAGAUGAAUGGGUAAAGAAGGUGUAGAACAAUGGAAUAUUGCUCAGCAUUAAAAAGGAUGAAAUUGCGCCAUUUGUGCCAGCAUGGAUGGACCUAGAAGGACUGCCUUUAUGGGAGAGGAGAGCCAAAUGGCAGGAGGUUUCUCUCCUAGACCAAUUGGCAUGUCCACAGGUUUUGCCCCCUCCAGCCACAGCUUGCUUCCAGCUCUCUCCCUACCUGAAUCAACAGCAGUGCCAGGACGAGCAGGGUGGAGGCUGCGGAUGCCCAGGAACUUACCCUUCAUACAGAGUGAGCUCUUCUGACCGAGAGCUGUAUCCACGAUGCCCAGACAGAACCACGGUGUAUUGUGCUGUCUGCCCUCGCCACAUGGACACCAGGUGCGUCAUGCCUCCUCGAAACAUCUGGUCACUGGCUGUGGCUUACCUACCUCUCAGAAGGUUGCUUCCUGCUCUCCCAGAAACUGUGGACCAGCUCUGGCCUGGCCCAUCCCACACACUUCUCUUCCAUCCGACAGACUUCAACUCUACCUUCUUCAACCAGAUCCACGGCAGACCAGAGGAGUUCAGUCUCCACAACGUUUACCGAGGGCCUGCUAGGUGCCAGGCCUUGGGGCAGACACAGAAGACAUGAUCCCGGACAAGACAGGCUGGCUCCUCCAGCAGCUUUUGUUCUGAAACAGACUGUUGGAGGGACCGUUCUGGACUGGCUUCAAAGCAGCUCAGCCCAAGAGCAAUGUGACAGUGUCUGGCCCCGGGCGUUCUAGAAGCUGCUGUGUGGCAUUCACCCUGGGAUGGCCUGGAGAUGCGGGGAAGUUCUUGCAAGAGGCCCCCACUGAGCAAUGGGAGACAGGAGCCUGGAGGUCAAUGCUCACCCGUUCCAUUCCCUGAGUGGAAAAAUCUGAGCUACAGCCCCUCAGGCUCUUCAGAAGGUCCCUGAGAUUGGUCAUCCAUCACCCAUAACUCAUCCAUCACCCAUAGGUCAUGGGUGCUGAACUGCCCAUCUACCAGAGGUCAUCCAUCGCCUUUCCCACUUUUCCUGUUUCACUCCUCAGGUCCUCUCUCUGGAUCUCUGGGAUCACUUCCCAUAUAAACUACCUUCAGGUAGACCUGUGUCUCAGGCACAGCUUUUAGGGGAACUCACAUGAAGCCAGCCAUGUAUAAAGCUUAAAGAGGGAGGAGAAGGGGCAGAAUAAUCUUUUCACAGAGUAGGAUUGUAAAACCACCAAGCGCGCUGGGGUCCUAUUUGGGGUGUGCAGUGAUGUGUUGAAAGUAAACCCUCCAGCCACUUUAUAUCUUCUGUCACAACUUCGAGCCUCUCAGCUGUGGUCACAAACUAUACGGGUAGGGAUUUAAUCUUGAAUGGGCUUUUGCCAGAUGAAUUUGAUGAAAAGAAAAAGGCAUGGAAAUGAGAGAAUACACAAAGCAGUCACUAUAAUGAAACAUCAUGGAAUUAAGCAGAACAAGGAGGCAAGUGAGGAUAUGAGGAGAUAUAUAUAUAUAUCACGUAUGUUAAUAUAUCCUUAUAUAUACAAUCCCAUUAUAUAUAAAUAAUCUUUGCAUUUAUACACACAUAUAUGUUAUCUUUGCAUAUACAGUAAAACCUUGGAUUGCGAGUAACUUGGUAACUUGUUCUGCAGGUGUUCCACAAGACGAGCAGCCACUUCUAAUAAAUUUUAACUUGAUAAGUGAGCCAUGUCUUGCAAUAAGAGUAGUACGUGACACCACAUGUCACAUGAUCACAACUGAGCUAAGGGCUCUUGAAAUUCACUUUGAUAUAUGAGUGCUUUGGAUUACAACCAUGUCUCUGGAACGAAUUAUGUUUGCAAACCAAAGUUUCACUGUAUUUUGUAUCUUUAUAAAGAAAGACACAAAGGUGGUAAAGUCAUGGAUUGAGACCAGAGAGAACUGAUACUGGGGUUUAGAACACAAGCAUGAGAGUGUGGCUGGGGCGCCGGGGAGUAGAAAUGAAAGAUUGUUGGAGGUGAGAAGGUCAUAGAGUUCAGGGAGCAAGGUGUGGAAUGGACCACUAUUCUUCAAGGUUGUUAAGUCACCAAGAAUGGUGUCAGGAAUAAACAUGGAGAGCCAGAUGCUGGAGUCAUUAAUGAACAAAGGAGAGUAAGUUGGUAGAUAACAGUGGCAGGUAGUAAAGUGUGCCCUGAAUUUUGAAGGAUGGGAGUUUUGAAGGAGGAGUGAAGAGAACUGAAUUACAGGUACAAUGGGACAGCUAUCCCACCCUUGAGCCUUCAUGAAGCCCAAAUAACCUCCACUUGAGAGUCUGUGGAUGAGGUGGCAUUUGCAGAGCACAGCCAACUUUCCAUUAGGGCAAGAUAGGAAGACACCUUACAACAAAAGACACAGGGCACAGAUAGAGGCAUUUGCUGCUGAUGACAGAUCCUGUGUGUCGGGAUGAAUAGUACAUAAAAGUUGGGAACGUGGACAAGGAGUAAGAAACAGAGACAACACUUGCCUUGUAGGAUUAUUGUCAAUUGGAGAGAUAAGUUUAUAUAAGUGGCCAGUAGCCUUCUGGUGAAGGUGAUGAGGAUGAUGGUGAUGAUGGUGAUGAUGGUGAUGAUGGUGAUGAUGGUGGUCAUGGUGAUGAUGGUGGUCAUGGUGGUCAUGGUGAUGAUGGUGGUCAUGGUGAUGAUGGUCAUGAUGGUCAUGAUGGUGGUCAUGGUGAUGAUGGUGAUGAUGGUGGUCAUGGUGAUGAUGGUGGUCAUGGUGAUCAUAGUGAUGAUGGUGAUGAUGGUGAUGAUGGUGGUCAUGGUGUUGAUGGUGAUGAUGGUGAUGAUGGUGGUCAUGGUGUUGAUGGUGGUCAUGGUGAUGAUGGUGAUGAUGGUGGUCAUGGUGAUGAUGGUGAUGAUAGUGGUCAUGGUGAUGAUGGUGAUGAUAGUGGUCAUGGUGAUGAUAGUGAUGAUGGUGGUGAUGGUGAUGAUGGUGGUGAUGAUGGUGAUGAUGGUGGCGAUGAUGGUGAUGAUGGUGGUCAUGGUGAUGGUGGUGAUGAUGGUGGUGAUCAUGGUGAUCAUGGUGGUGAUCAUGGUGAUCAUGGUGGUGAUCAUGGUGAUCAUGGUGAUGACAUUAAUGGUGGUGAUGGUGAUGAUAAUGAUCGCAAGAAGAGCAAGAGCUAAAGAUGAAUUAUAGGUAGAGUCAGGAGAAGCACAGUCUAGGAAUCAAGUGUCCUUGAGUCUCAUCCUGGCUCUGCUAUCUACUAGCUGUAUGGCCUGGAACAAAUCAAUCACCUUUCCUCUCUGGACCAUGGUUGCUUCAUCUAUAAAAUGACAGGGUUGGAUAACAUCAGUGGCUGUCAACUCGGAAGUGGCAGAGUGGUCAUACAUACAAUAGAGGUGAUAAUUCCCUUAAAUACUUUUUCAAAGUGUAUAUUUGCUUCCCCCAAGUUCCCCUAACCCCUACCCCACCAUCCCAAGAGGUCAAAUCUUAUUCUCUGGGGUUAAGGACCCUGAACAGGCAUUUUUAAAAAGUCCUCCAGGUGAUUUAAUAAAUGCUCCCCUCACCCCCAGCCCUGUUUUCUUUCUUUAGGGAAUUGCUGUGCCAAGAAGCUGGUCUUUCCUUUCUCACAUGUCAUUGCCCAGAAAGUGAUAGUGGGAAAGAUGUGGUUUGUCAGGCAGAGCUGGGCCAGAGCAUUUAUCAAAAGGACCAGAUGCCCUGAGCUCUGCCCUUGGUGGGCAGAUGGCCAGAGAGUAGGCAGGGUUAUUUUUAUAGCUUUGUUCUUUGGGCAUUUCCCCAUUGGAAUGCAUAAGAAUGAGAACUGAAUCAGCACAGGUCAGUUUUGUUGCUAUUGUUUUUGGGGUUUUGUCGAUUAUCAGACCACACCGUGCUGUAGGCCAGCCUAGGCUUUGACUAACUUUGAGCAGGGCGGCCCCUCGGCCAGUCAUCAGGGGGAAACCUAGGAAGUCCACACACAGUGGUGGUAGUGAACCCAGCACACCACACACAGGCCUAUGUCAAGCCCCCUUGUAUCCUCAAUACCUAGAAAUACACUCAGCACAUAGAAGGGAUGCAACAAAUACUUGUCAAACUGAAAUAUAAGGGAAGGCAGCAAUAGAUCAAAAGGAUAGCAGUUUGGGGGCACCUGGGUGGCUCAGCCAGUUAAGUGUCUGAUUUCAGCUCAGGUCGUGAUCUCACAGUUUAUGGGUUCGAGGCCCGCAUCAGGCUCUGUGCUGACAGCUCAGAGCCUGGAGCCUGCUUCAGAUUCUGUGUCUCCCUCUCUCUU